AUGAUUCUCUGCGGAUUGCAAAAGAUCGAUGUGGAUGAUUGGCAGCAGAAUACGAAUUAUAAGGACUACACCUUCUCGAGCAAACAGAUUGUUUGGUUCUGGAAGUUCGUUCGAACUCUGUCCACGGAGAAACGAGUGCGUCUGCUGCAAUUCGUCACGGGAACCUGUCGUUUACCUGUUGGUGGCUUCAAAGAACUCAUGGGGAGCAACGGACUGCAACUCUUCACGAUCAAACGUGCGGGUAAGGAGAACGCCCUACCACUUAGUCACACUUGCUUCAACCGGCUUGACUUGCCGCCCUACCGGUCGUACGAGACUUUGGUAGAAAAAGUGACUCUGGCCAUCGACGAAACAGAGGGAUUCGGGCUACAAUAG